AAAUGAUGAUAUCAUCAAUAUGAGAGUGUGGCGGACGAUUGCCUUGACAAGAUACAAUGAGAAUGUUAGUUCUUCGCACUCCCACCGGACCUGUCUCCGCCGUCAAAUUCAUCACCAAAUCAAAACCUUCUGCUUUCUCUUCUCCCGAUUCAUGGCUCUUCCCUGCGCCAAUCACUCCCCGGAGACGGCAACGCGUCGUACUCGCUCUCUCUAACCCCGACGGAAGCGUCAAGUCCAAACCAUCAACCUCAGUUUCUCAAAUCCCGUCUUCAGGAGAUGACACAGUAUUUGUGGGUCAAGAGAAUGUUCCUCUCGAGGGUGUGAUUCAAUUCGAUAAACCAUCAUCAUCUGCUUCAUCUUCUAACAUUACCAAAUGGGGUCGUGUUGCGUUACUUGCUGGUGGUGAUGUUUUAGCUUUGCUUAUCUUCUCUGCAAUUGGGAGAUUUAGCCAUGGUUUCCCUGUUUUUUCUAUUGACACUCUCCACACAGCUGACCCUUUCAUUGCCGGAUGGUUUCUUAGUGCUUAUUUCUUGGGAGGAUAUGCGGAGGAAGGGCGAGGAAUGAAGGGUCAGUCUAAAGCUGUGGUUGCAGCUGCGAAAUCUUGGAUUGUCGGAGCUCCGCUUGGAAUUAUCAUUAGGUCAGCUUCAUCGGGUCACAUCCCGGCUUCUAGCUUUGUGUUGGUGACAAUGGGAAGUACUGCUGUUUUACUUAUCGGAUGGAGAGCAUUGUUAUUCAGUGUGCUUCCUACAGAGUCCAAGAAGAAAGAUGAUACGUAUCGGAAGGGCAGUGCAUUCGAGCUAUUUGAGUUGCUUACUUCAUUGAUAAGACGGUGGUGAAGGAGCAUCCAUGAAUGUGCGGGUGGAUGGAGGUUGAGUUUCAACAUGCACAAAUUUGUAGAUGUACUUUGGAACAGUCGCCAAGAGAUCAUAAAUAUAUGAGUGUUGAAAAU